CUGCGAAAUGCCCGGGCAAGGCAAUCACGCCUUGAAGAAAUUGGUGGCAAGCUGGAUCGAGCUAAACAUAAGAGUAUGCGAACCAACAACAGUCAGAAAGCGAGGAUUCUGAGCGAACUUUCAUCGAUUCAUCGUGUGUUUGAACCAAUCUACUUGAUAAAGGAAAAUCAGGAAAGAUUGGCAAAAAGUGAAUCUGCGGAGGAAAAUGGUGCGAUGCAGACAACACGAAAAGUUGAGUCUGAUGCUACUAAUGCAUUUGCAAAACAACCAAGGCUGUUAAGGAGGGCUCAAACACAAAGCAUAACAUCGUCACAAACGAAUCAACCAAACGCGGAAGAGGAUUCGCAGUGUCCUGGAGAAAAGAUCAUCAUAGUGCCCAACACAAAAUGCCUUGUUAAUGAUGGAAAGAUUGCAACUCUACGUCAAAGGUCAAACAGUUGGUCUCCGCAUUCACCAUGCAGUGCGCCCGAAAGUAGUUGCUGUGCAUUCCAGAGCAAACGAGAGUACAUCGCUAAACUUCGCACCGCCGUCGUAGAGCCUCGAGUGUCCAACUCGAUGUCGUCACUGACGCUGGGAUAUAUGGCCUUCAAGAGAAAUCUAAAGAACAAACGACGACCUGAGAGGACGGCGCGAGCGUCCGGAUCCAUGGAAAGCAGGUUUAGAUCGAUUUCCUUAGACGAAACAGAACUAACUGUUAUACCUGAAUUGGCAGAAGAAAUCGAUGCCGGUGAAAAAGAAACAUUGCUC